CCCCAGAACUGAGCCUCUUUAGUCUAUCCUUUUUGAGCCACUCUGUUCUCCCAUGUAAUCCAUGAUUAUCAAACCAGUAGACGAAAAACACGAAAUAUACUCAACAGUGAUCGUGCUCACUGAUUGAGUGCUCGAAAAAGUAAUUGUAUUUUAAAAUCCAGGCCCUCAUUACAAUCACGUGAGAGUAAAACCUGCAGACCAUCCCCAGCUCCACGUGUAAUAAAUUCUAUUUAAUCGUGUCCAUUCGACAUGGCAGAGUGAAUUGUGUCAUCCAAACGUCAACUCUCGAUAUCUCCAAGUUCAAUAACUGCCUCCCGAAUUUCAAAAAUUAAUAAAACUCCUCGUGGUAUUGGAUUAUCUUCAUUUGAUUUUUGAGUUGUCUCUCGUAAUCAGGUGAUUAUAACGAGGGGAACAGAGGGGUCACCAUCAUUUCUUCAAGAUUCAUCCCCGUGGCACCUGAGGAGUCACCGAAAUAACGACCGAGUCAUCUGGGGAUCGGGCAAUUUCACGUGAAGGUAUUGAGAUCAAUCCAGGUGAAAAAUAGCCAUCGCGAAGUUGAUGAUACUGUCACGAGCGACAUUUCUAUGGCGGAUCAACGUGACAAUGGUGAAUUACUUGUACGAGAUAAUGAUAAUUCCGGGGAGAAUACCCAGGUGGUGAAUGGAGGGGACAAUAGCUCAGGAGGAAGGCAGAAUAAUCAGCCGAGCCGAUGGGAGUCGUUUUUCGCAGUGGCCAAGUCCUUAAUAAUAAGGUCCCUAAUAAUCUACUUCAUCACCUCGUUCUUCAGACGUCCCCAGGUGGACCCUGCCUCGAGUGGGGCCUCCGGUGCCCAAACUCGUCUCCCAGCUGUCAACAUCUUCGAGAAUGGAACACUCUUCGAUCUCUGGGUGUUCCUCUCCGAGUCCGAGAGCUUCAACUCCCAAAAUGAUCGAGUAUUCGAUCACCUCGUGUGGCAUGAGAAGAAUUUAAUUUAUGGGGACUGGUACUCCGGUGCCAAUAACGAUGGGAUACGAACGAUGGAUUACACGUUCGCUCCAUCGGAACGAUUUGUAAACAACGGUUCGAUCUAUAUUCAUGUGUACGCGACGAAGAGCAAAAGUUCCCAGGAGGACAACAGUCAUUUCAAGGGGAAUAAUAACACGUACUGUUACACUAAAAAAAUGUUGAAUAAAUUCAAGAAGAUCAGGUACCAUCGAAGACACAAUUUGCUGACUGGUGAGACAACAGCCAGUGCUGAGGAGAUAAAAAAAGCUGAGACGAUGGAUCAGGAGAUUGUAUCCCACUGGCAUCCCAAUUUGACCAUCAAUUUUGUCACUGAUCAGACCAACUGGGUCCAUGGACAGGUGCCUCCACCCCUUGAUGAGUCCAUUCAGUUCAUCAAGGGUGGGAGUGCCUACAAGCCAGUCAUUCAUCUCAAUGACUUCUGGAACAUGCAGAGGGACUAUCAGCCACUCAAUGACAGUGUCAAGACGUUGGAGCUUCAUCUGACGUAUCAGCCACUGUCGCUCUUCAAGUGGCAGAUUUACUCGGCUCAGUCCAUGAGGAACAAGUGGACCUCCUCCCUCGUGGGGGACUCUGUCGACGAGGAGGACAGCGAUCAGGAUACCCUCAAGGAAACCAUCCUCGAGACCAAUCCUGUAUUGCUGGGGAUGACUAUUUUUGUCUCUAUUCUUCAUAGUAUAUUUGAGUUUUUGGCGUUUAAAAAUGAUAUUCAAUUUUGGAACAACAGGAAAUCCCUGGAGGGGUUAUCUGUUCGAUCAGUCUUCUUCAACGUCUUUCAAUCGUUAGUAGUCCUUCUGUACGUAUUAGAUAAUGAAACCAAUACACUGGUACGAAUCAGCUGUGGAAUUGGUCUCUGCAUUGAAGUAUGGAAAAUAAAUAAAGUGGUUGAUAUAAGUCUUGACCGAGAGAGUCCCAAGAUGAUGGGAAUAUUUCCAAGAGUUACAUUCCGUGACAAGGGAUCGUACGUUGAGUCUUCCACUAAGGAGUACGACAGACUGGCAUUUAAAUAUCUUUCCUGGGCACUUUAUCCACUUCUCGGUGGUUACGCUAUUUACUCGCUCAUGUAUUUAGAGCAUAAGGGAUGGUAUUCGUGGGUUCUUAAUAUGCUUUAUGGAUUUUUAUUGACAUUUGGCUUCAUCAUGAUGACACCGCAGCUAUUUAUUAAUUAUAAACUCAAGAGCGUUGCACAUUUGCCGUGGAGAAUGAUGUCUUACAAAUUUUUGAAUACAUUCAUCGAUGACAUAUUCGCUUUUGUCAUUAAGAUGCCAACGCUUUAUCGACUUGGGUGUUUCCGAGAUGAUAUCGUAUUCUUUAUAUUUUUGUAUCAACGGUGGAUUUAUAAAAUUGAUCACACGAGGGUCAAUGAGUUUGGGUUCUCUGGUGAAAUGGAAGCUUCGAAGAAUAAGGGAGAUAAAUCUGUCGAGAAUUCUGGAACAAGUGCUCCAGUCAAAGCUAUAGAAGACAGCAAAAAGGAUAAUUAAUGAGUGAGAUGUUUAAUUCUGUAGUGAAUUGGUGAAACAAGAUCAGCGUAAUUUUACAGUUCUGAACUACGAUUUAUCUGAAGUGAUAUUGAUUUUGGGGAAAUGGUAAAAGGCAUUUUUCGUCGGUAAUUUAGUCCGAAAAAAAAUUCCUCUUGUGUUUUCACUUUAAAUCGAUGAACAAUAACGUUGAAAAAUGUUCAAUUUGAUUUAUCUCAUUUUACCAUUUGGCAACUGAAUUAUAAAUGAAUUCCUAAUUUCUAAUUUGAGUUAGAUGAAUUUGUUAUAUUCUUAUUGUAAUUAUCAUAUUAUUAAGUUAAUUCUUUUAAACGUAAGUGAAGUUAAAUGUACCAAAGUACAAAGGAAACUGUCAUAAUAUAGAAUUUGCUGUUCAUGUGA